AAAGAAAACAUGGCAUGGAUUGGAAAAAAACUUUUAUUUAAUUUAACCAAAUUAUGUGUUGAAGCCAAACGAAGCUCCAAGUGAAUUAAAUGACACCUGUUUUUACUGAAUUUAUUUAAUAUAAACAGCAGAAGUAAUCGGAUAUUUGAGUUUUCCUUCAUCCCUGCUCCGUGUUUCCCCACACAUUUUGCUGGUGGAGUUAAUGGUGAACACCCUGCAGGUGUGAAGGAAGGAAAAUGAACUGAAGGGUGAAACUGAAACAAGAUCAUCUACCCAGCAGAUUAAAAUAUUCACAGAUGUAGGUGGAGUCAGAGAGAGAUUAUCCAGCUUGAAGAAAACGUUCUGCUACUUGUUCUAAGAGCAGAAGAGUCCCAGCCUCUGCAGCAGGAUGAGAGUCAGCUGGGUCAAAGGUUGGAUGACGGUCUUCGCUGUGGCUUCAGCUCUGGUUUACCUGAGCUCCAUAAAAACAGAGUUUCACUCCCACUCAGAGAGGCUGCAGAGAGCCCAGCACAACGACUCCAUCCGGGGUCUGGGAAUGAUCCGCAGGAUGGACAGGAUGGAAGAGGACAUCAGCAGGCUGCUGAACCUGAUGGAGAAGUUUGAAAAGAAAGAGCAGGAGGAAGAGAAAGGGGUGAAAGUGAAGGAGAAGAAGCUGGUGAAGAAGUUGUACCCGAACUCUAGUCUGUUCAGAAAAUGGGGAGCGGAUCUGUCGGAGGAGGAGCAGAAGAAGGCCGAGGAAUUGUUCCAGCAAUACGGAUACAACGUCUUCCUGAGUGACCGGUUGCCGCUCAACCGGGACAUUCCUGACACCAGACCAAAGAGAUGUGCAGAGAAACAGUAUCCAGAGGAUCUGCCCUCCCUCAGCGUGAUCUUGAUCUAUCUGGAUGAAGCCUUGUCUAUCAUCAAGAGAGCCAUCCGCAGCAUCAUCGACAAGACGCCUGCCCGGCUGCUGCGAGAAAUCAUACUGGUGGACGAUCACAGCUCCAACGAUGAUUUAUUGGAUAAGCUAGACUUGUACAUUAGCUCCAUAAAUGAGGAGCGGCCCGGUCUGGUGAAGAAGAUUCGGCACUCUGAGCAGCUCAGCCUGACGCAGGCCAGACUGACCGGGUGGAAAGCUGCAGUGGGAGAUGUGGUGGCCAUCUUGGAUGCACACAUAGAGGUCCAUGUUCAGUGGGCAGAACCUCUGCUGGCUCGGAUUAAAGAGGACCGCACCGUGAUACUGACACCAGUUUUUGAUAAAGUCAACUUUGACGACCUGAUGGUGAAUCGUUAUGAGACCUUCGCUGAUGGCUUUGACUGGGCUUUAUGGUGCCAGUAUGAGGCAAUCGGACCCGAAUGGUACAAAUUGAAGGACGAAUCUCAACCUGUCAAGAGCCCGUCCGUCAUGGGAAUACUGGUUGCAGAUCGGAGGUUUUUUGGAGAGAUCGGGAGCCUUGAUGGCGGGAUGAAGAUAUACGGAGGUGAAAACGUGGAGCUCGGCAUCCGGGUGUGGCUGUGUGGAGGCAGCGUAGAGGUCAUUCCCUGUUCAAAGAUCGCUCACAUCGAACGCUUUCAUAAGCCCUACGCCCGGGACCUCGGACCCGCAGUGCGGCGCAACGCCCUGCGGGUGGCAGAGGUCUGGAUGGACGACUACAAAUACAACGUGGAAGUGGCCUGGAACCUUCCUAUUGGGAAUCAUGGAAUCGACAUCGGGGAUGUUUCUGAGAGGAAGAAGCUGAGGGAGAGGCUGAAGUGUAAACCCUUCCGGUGGUACCUGGAUAAUGUUUACCCCUUGCUGGACCCGCUGCAGGGCCUGCUGGGCUACGGAGCUCUGAUUAAUGACCUCUGGCCCGAUCUCUGUGUGGAUCAGGGUCCGGUUCCUGGCUCCACACCCAUCCUCUAUGGAUGCCACUUCUACUCGCCUCAGCACUGUUACUACUUCACUGAUGGAAAACUUUACAUCGGUGCGCUCAAAUCACACAAAUACAGCAGCAACAACUGCGUGGUGGAUCCCGGUUCAGGAGUUUUACCAGGACUGCAUCAGUGCAAACUCGCCCAGCAGAAGAAACUCCACAUGUUUUGGGACUUUAAACAGGGAGGACAGAUCCAGAACAGAGACACUAAGAGAUGCCUGGAAGUAACGACAGGAGACGGUUUUGCAGUGCUGGCUCUCCAGCAGUGCAGCGAUCAGAGAUGGAAGAUACAACAUGUGAUUUCGGCACAGAAACAGCACAUUAAUUCAGAGAAACAGGUCCUGUGA